AUGGAAACGCAAUCGGUCUGGCGACGCGGUCACUUUCUCUUUGAUGUACAUAGUGGUGGACACCCAUUUACCAAUUCGCCAGGAACAAAUGAACGGGCUUCUCCUGAUCUGCUCAUGCCCAAUAGUCAAGGUUGCACUACUACGACAACGACACUUGCUCUUGAUCACGGACUCAUAUACCACAACCCGACGUUGCCAUUGGAAUCGGUCAGCUCUUCAACGGCUUCCAUGACAACGAUACGACGACCUUUUGUUCGCUUUCCACCUUUCCAAAGUCACUAUGAUCAUGGAUUGCCUAUGUAUCAAGGCGGCGAUUUUGAUUCGUUCUUUGCAGAUAAGGAGAGAGAACAGCCUGUAUUUGGUGGUGAACAUAAUGAAGUAUUCCGCAUUUGCCCAUCAUCAAUACACAAGACGACAAUGACAACGACGAGUAGUGAUCCUCAUCAUUAUCGACUCAAGACCCCUGAAAAAAGGGAAUCGUCAACUGACUCAUCGGAUGAUGAUUACAGCCACAAACGACCCAAGAUCUAG